GCCCCGGGCCGGCCCCUCCCGCGCCUUCCGGCCCCGCUCCGGCCUAGCCCUGCCGCCCCCCGCCGCCGCCGCCCUCCUGCGCGCCGCGCCCCGCCUCGCCGGCCUCCCGCGCCGGCCCUGCGCCCUCCUCCUCCUCCUGCAGCCGCCGCCCGGCGCCGCCAUGCCCGGCCCGGCCGCCGGCAGUCGGGCGCGGGUGUACGCCGAGGUGAACAGCCUGAGGAGCCGCGAGUACUGGGACUACGAGUCGCACAUCCCGACCUGGGGCAACCAGGACGAUUACCAGCUGGUUCGCAAGCUCGGGCGGGGGAAGUACAGCGAGGUCUUCGAGGCCAUCAACAUCACCAACAACGAGAGGGUCGUGGUGAAGAUCCUCAAGCCAGUGAAGAAAAAGAAGAUAAAACGAGAGGUGAAGAUUCUGGAGAACCUCCGCGGGGGCACCAACAUCAUCAACCUGAUUGACAUUGUCAAGGACCCUGUGUCCAAGACCCCUGCUCUGGUGUUUGAGUACAUCAACAACACAGAUUUUAAGCAACUCUACCAGAUCCUGACAGACUUUGACAUCCGGUUCUACAUGUAUGAGCUGCUGAAGGCGCUGGAUUACUGCCACAGCAUGGGCAUCAUGCACAGGGACGUCAAACCUCACAACGUCAUGAUCGACCACCAGCAGAAAAAGCUGCGGCUCAUAGACUGGGGCCUGGCCGAAUUCUACCACCCAGCUCAGGAAUACAACGUCCGUGUGGCCUCCAGGUACUUCAAAGGACCAGAGCUCCUUGUGGACUACCAAAUGUAUGACUACAGCUUAGACAUGUGGAGCUUAGGCUGCAUGCUGGCCAGCAUGAUCUUCCGCAAGGAGCCCUUCUUCCACGGCCAGGACAACUACGACCAACUGGUUCGCAUCGCCAAGGUCCUGGGCACAGAUGAGCUGUAUGGGUACCUCAAGAAGUACCACAUAGAGCUGGACCCACACUUCAACGACAUCCUGGGCCAGCACUCGAGGAAGCGCUGGGAGAACUUCAUCCACAGCGAGAACAGACACCUGGUGAGCCCCGAGGUGCUGGACCUGCUGGACAAGCUGCUGCGCUACGACCACCAGCAGAGGCUGACAGCCAAGGAGGCCAUGGAGCACCCCUACUUCUAUCCAGUGGUGAAGGAGCAGUCCCAGCCCAGCCCAGAGAACUCAGUGCUGUCCAGCGGCCUGACGGCGGGGCGGUGAAGCCUGCACCCCCACGGGUCUGCUGCUGUCGCUCCCAAUUUUCCAGUAAGCAGAAGGAGAACCAAAGCCUCCGAGGUGCCAUCGGGCGGCGGCAGGGCCGGGCUGGGCAGCGCCGGGC